CGGCAUGCCAUGCGUGCGCGCUGACAGCCUUAUAAAUAGUCGCCUUUGCAGGCGGCUGAGAGGACUGGCAGGGCACGCACUGGCCCCAGCGCCCACUACACCCUCCCCCAGAGCCGCCGACCUAGCUCCCUGAAAUCAGCAGGAUGGAAGAGAAACUGAAGAAAGCCAAGAUCAUCUUUGUGGUGGGUGGGCCUGGCUCAGGAAAGGGCACCCAGUGUGAGAAGAUUGUGGAGAAAUAUGGCUACACCCAUCUCUCCACUGGGGACCUACUGCGGGCAGAAGUCAGCUCAGGAUCGGAGAGGGGCAAGAUGCUAUCAUCCAUCAUGGAAAAGGGACAGCUGGUGCCACUGGACACGGUGCUGGACAUGCUUCGUGAUGCCAUGAUGGCCAAAGUGGAGUCUUCCAAUGGCUUCUUGAUUGACGGCUACCCGAGGGAGGUGAAGCAGGGAGAAGAGUUUGAACAGCGGAUUGGACAGCCCACACUGCUACUGUAUGUGGACGCAGGCGCCGACACCAUGACCCAACGACUCCUGAAGCGAGGGGAGACCAGUGGCCGCGUGGACGACAAUGAGGAGACCAUCAAGAAGAGGCUGGAGACCUACUACCAGGCCACGGAACCUGUCAUUUCCUUCUACGAGAAGCGCGGCAUUGUGCGCAAGGUCAAUGCUGAAGGCACCGUGGAUACUGUGUUCUCCCAGGUCUGCAACUACCUGGACUCCCUGAAGUAACUGGAGACCCUGGCCAGCUCCCAGCCCGCCCCACCCUUGCCCCCUGACCCCAGGCAUCCUGGCUCGAGCCCAGCGUCUCCACCCUGCCGGGCUGUGCACAGACACAGGAAGCCACCUUAUCCUGUUCCAUGGACAUCCGAGCACUAAAGGAAUUGCCAAGGACGUUUGGGCUCACUCCCUUUUCUUUGCUUCCUAUUGAGGUGAUUCAUGCUGCCACAGCUGAGGGUCUGGCACUGCCUGCCCAUUCUUGCCUGUGCCUCAGCCCAGCCAUCCUGUCUCCCUCCAGCUCUGCUGGGAUCCUAGGCCUUCCUCAGCCAAGCCGUGUCAGGCCUAGGGGCCUCUGGGUUGACAGACAGACUGCUCCUGGGCUCUGAAGUUCAGCCCCUUUCUCAUAGCCUUACCGUAUGGCUUUGACUUUAAGCCAUCAUCUCUCUCGAGUGAGUUUUCUUUUUUCUUCUUUUUUAAGGCAGCAUUUCACGUGUCUCAAGCUGGCCUCACAUCUGUUAUGUACCUGAAGACAGCCUGAUCCUCCUGCCUCUACUUCUGAGUGCUGUGCCCACAGGUGUCUCUACCACUGCCGCUUCUGGUUUAUGGGGUGCCAGGGAUCAAUCCUGUGACCGUGUAUACUAGGCCAGCAUGAUAUUUCUGACUGGGGCCUGGGCUGCAGUGGGCAUAGGGCACGGGCACACCAGCCGGGGCCACGUGGCUACCAGGUGGCAGGCGCUGUGCAGUGGAGAUGCAGCUAGGUAGGACGCUGAGGUCAGGGUAGCCUUCCUGAGGGGGACUCGGUGUGGCCCUGCCAGGCCUCACCGUCCUGUGAGCUUUUUCCUCAGUUCUAAAACAUUGUGUCCCAGUUCUAUUACAUUGUGUCCCAGGCCUUAGCCUCAGUGUUAGGACAAGGACAUAUUGAUCGAGGCAUGUGAGUUGGCAUAGACAUGGACGUGAGGUCAAGGACCAGGCCUGGAACCUGGAGAGGACACCCGAGAUGCCCAGAGGAGCUGUCACCUCUCAUCACAUAGGAAGGCUCUCUUGGUGCUCACCGGUCCUUGACCUCUGCCCCCAUCACCAGUGACUUCCCCUCCAUGCCCAGACAGCCUGUAGCCGGCUGCCCCAGCUGCGCCAGGGGCACCUGCUCCUGGGGGUGACUGUGCUCAUCCCUUCUGUUCCUGCCAGGGGGCCACCUUUCCGUUUGCACCCUCUAUUCAAGCUGUCCUUUAAAAUAAAUAAACAUAUUUCAGUUAUAACAGUGAGUGUACUGAAACAAUCAGUGUUAGCAGGGAGAGGGCAGCAUCACCAGGAACACACUUUUGCUCGGCCAAGGUUUGGGGGCGAGCUGUCUACACCUGUCCUCUGUCCCCCAUGUUGACUUUAGGAAAGCGGAAGGGUCUAGAACCCCACGUCACUCUGUAGCAACCCCCCCAUGUCGCCAUAUAGAUGCGUGCACACGCACGUGCACACAUGCAAGCACAGCCAUGCACACACAAUUGUGCAGACAUACGCUCUUGCACAGACUCCCCCCCCCCACAGACCUUCUGAACAUGGUUGUCUUAACAUUUCACGGGGGAGGAGAAAGCUGGAGAAAGAGGCCUGAAAACCCCCGCUGUCUUUGUGAAUUUACAGCUCAGUUAAUUCAUGUGGGUCCCAGUUUAUGAAAACCUGGCUGAUAAAAUCGAAAACUCAGCACCACUGGGUCACUUUGUCCAUUAGCAUCUGGAGGGAUCUAGUUCUAGGGCCCUUGAACAUACCUAUGUCCUUUGUAAAAUACUGCAGAGGCUAGACAUGGGGCAUGGGCCUGUGCUCCUACUUAACGGGGUAGGGGUGGGAUACUAACUGUUGGCCUGGUAGUUUAUGCCUAUAUCACAAGACAGCAGGAUUGCCACAAGUUGUUGGAGGCCAGCUUGGAUUAUAGUGUAAGAACUGAUAAACAUUAAAAAAAAAAAAAAAUGGAGGCUGGUUGUGGAUUGCAGCUCACCCCUGUAAUCCAGUAUUCAGGUUGCAGAAACAAGAGCAUCACUGAAAAUUCGAAGCAGCGUUGUGUACCAAAGGGUCUCCAAGCAGCCUAGGCAGCAGAGUGAGAGCUUCCCUUGGACUCUACUCCCUGCUAAAGUAAGAAAAAAAAAUAAACGAGAACAAGA